AUGUUAAUAGCCUUCCUUUUUAAUUUAUUUUUUAUACAAAUUAUUUCAUUUACAACUAUUACAAGUAUAACAUAUUCAUGUUGGACAAAUUCAACAUGUGGUUGUUCAUUAAAUUCAGCUAUUUUAACAAAGAUUAUUGGUGGUGAAGAAGCUACAAUGAAUAGUUGGGGUUGGGCUGUAUCUAUACGUAGGCGAAAUAAUCAUAUAUGUGGUGGAUCAUUAAUAUCAUCUGAAUUAAUUUUAACAGCUGCACAUUGUCUUGUUUCAGUAAAAACAUUAUCAAGUCUUAGUGUCACAGCUGGUUCAAAUUAUCUAUCGAUCAUUAAUCAACAACGAUCUGUUUCAGAAAUUUUUAUUCAUCAAAAUUAUGAUUCAAUGACAUAUAUUAAUGACAUAGCUGUAAUACGUUUAUCAUCAUCAUUUGAUAUGAGUGAUCGUUCAUUAGCUAUAAUUUGUUUACCACCAUCACUACUAGAAUAUCCAUCAAAUGAUACAACAGUUAUUGCUAUUGGUUGGGGUGUAUUGUCACCGACAGAAAAACUUUCAUCAGAUACAUUACAACAAGUGACUUUGAAAAUUGUUGCUAAUACUAUCUCUAUAUGUUAUGUAUUAAUUCAUAAUGAAAAUGGUCAAAUUUGUGCUGGUGUUCAAGGUGGUGGAAAAGACACAUGUCAAGGUGAUAGUGGUGGUCCAUUAAUGAUGUUUUCUAAUAAAAAAUGGUAUAUAGUUGGUAUAACAAGUUAUGGAGAUGGAUGUGCUUUACCUCUUUCUCCUGGUGUUUAUACACGAGUAACAAUACAUUAUGUAUAA